AUGGACUCGACGGACCGAGAGCAACGUCGCAAUAGUCCGUCUCUCUAUGGCACGUCGAGCUUCUCGACGCCGUUGAAACUAGAAGACAAGAGCCUGGAUCCUGUGUCUGCUGACGCUCAAGUCGUGGCGUCUCGGACGCGCACCGAAGAAGAGAUCGUUGAGCUGGGGCAGGAACAGCAGACGCCGUCGGCGUUUACGAAUCUCUUGGGCAAACGUGAGGCAGAAACGGAGCUGCAGGAGGAGGAAAAUGGCAGUGAAGAAGCUGAUGAAGAGACGCCGCAUCUGCUGCCCAUGGUGGAAGAGGAGGAACAGGAGCAAGAUCUGGCGCUCGUGCAGUGCGCGGGGAUGGACCAGUGCUUUGACUCGUGGAACGAGUUUCACCGUGCGAUGGACGACUAUUGUGAGGCGACGCACCAGCCAAUGAGACUGCGGACAUCGGACUCGGCAAAAGCAGUGAACUCUCGAGCGGCAAAGAGGAACAGUAUGAAGGAUCCGAUCGACGAGAGUGUUGGGUUCGUCAAGAAGCUUUACUUGUGUACACAUGGAGUAAAGACAAAGCCCCGUGGCAAAGGCAAACGACCGAGACAGCACUAUCGCUACAUGGGGUGCCCUGCAAUGAUCCGAGCUUGUAUCUCGGAACGCAAGCCGAAUGAUCCGGAAGGACACGGUAAAAGUAAAUACGUCGUCCGUGUUGUGGCCCAAAUCAACCGCCACAACCAUCGUCUGAGUGAACACUUGUUCAAGUCAUACUCGGAAAGUCGUGUGGUGAUAGACGAUGAGCUUGUGGUGCCGAGCUCUCAGCGGCGGCUAGAGCAAGCUGUAGGUGCUCCUGCUUCAGUUGCGACUGCACCUGUCGAACAAGAGAUUGCUGCCACGGUCCAUCCAGAGCUGGAAGAUUCUGCCUUGAAAACAAGUUCGUUGUUUCAAGCUCAGCCGCUGGACCUCGUGCCUGUUUCACGCGUCAAAAUUCGUGUGGGCUGGAUCGGAACAGGCAUCAUGGGUUCGAGCAUGUGCGGCCAUUUGAUUAAUCAUGGCUACGACGUCACGGUGUAUAAUCGAACGCUCUCGAAAUGCGACGAGCUACGAGACAAGGGGGCCAGAGUCGCAGGUUCACCAGCUGAAGUAGCCCAAAACGCCGACAUUGUGUUUAUCAUGGUCGGGUAUCCGAGCGACGUUAAGUCGGUCGUGCUUGACCCAGACUCGGGCUUACUCUCGCGAAUGAAGGCUGGCGGUAUCAUCGUGGACAUGACGACAAGUGAACCCGCAUUGGCGAAAAAAAUUUAUGAUGCAGCCAAGUUGAAGGAGGUUUCCACUCUCGAUGCACCCGUGUCAGGAGGCGAUGUCGGUGCGCGCGACGCAACGCUAUCUAUCAUGGUUGGUGGGGAUGUCGAUCCUGUCUACGUCACGAUGCCGUUUUUCAGUGUAAUGGGCAAGACUGUUCGCCACAUGGGUCAUGCUGGAGCGGGCCAGCACACGAAAAUGAUGAAUCAAAUAUUGAUCGCGACCAAUAUGAUAGGAGUUGUCGAAGGCCUUUUGUAUGCAAGGAAGAGUGGCCUGGAUAUUGGGGAAGCUAUUCGGAUUGUGAGCGCGGGCGCGGCAGGUUCGUGGUCGAUCUCUAAUAUGGGUUCGCGCAUCGUCAAACGAGACUUCGAUCCUGGUUUCUACGUUGACCAUUUUCUGAAGGACAUGGGCAUUGCUCUCAAAGAAGCAAAGAAGAUGAACCUAUCACUGCCCGGGCUGUCGCUGGCACAUCAGCUCUACGUUGCUGUGAAGGCGCAAGGACACGGUCGUUUGGGGACUCAAGCAUUGAUGAUUGCAUUGGAGCAAUUAAACGGUAUUUAUCCCGAGAAAGCCGACAACGUGGAGGUGGUGUAG